CAAAACGAUAUCAAUCAAGGUGAUAGAUGAUGAGGAGUAUGAGAAAAACAAGACCUUCUACCUAGAGAUCGGGGAGCCCCGGCUGGUGGAGAUGAGUGAGAAGAAAGCCCUGUUGUUGAAUGAGCUUGGUGGCUUCACCAUCACAGGGAAAGUCUGGAAGGGCAAACCUGUCUUCAGGAAGGUCCAGGCUAGAGAUCAUCCUCUUCCUUGCACCGUGGUCACCAUCCAAGAGGAGAAUGAAGAAAAGCAGCCACUGACCAGCAAGGAGGAGGCAGUUGAGCGUCGAAUCGCGGAGAUGGGGCGCCCAGUCCUGGGGGAGCACACCAAGCUUGAAAUCAUCAUUGAGGAAUCCUAUGAGUUCAAGAAUACAGUGGACAAGCUCAUUAAGAAGACAAACCUGGCCCUGGUGGUUGGCACAAACAGCUGGAGAGAGCAGUUUAUUGAGGCUAUUACUGUCAGCGCGGGGGAAGACGACGAUGACGAUGAAUGCGGGGAGGAGAAGCUGCCCUCUUGCUUCGACUAUGUGAUGCACUUUCUGACAGUCUUCUGGAAGGUCCUUUUUGCCUUCGUGCCCCCAACAGACUACUGGAAUGGCUGGGCUUGCUUCGUUGUCUCCAUCCUCAUGAUCGGCCUCCUGACAGCUUUCAUUGGCGACCUGGCCUCCCACUUUGGCUGCACCAUUGGCUUGAAGGACUCGGUCACUGCGGUCGUGUUUGUCGCGCUGGGGACAUCAGUGCCAGACACAUUUGCCAGCAAAGUAGCAGCGACGCAGGAUCAGUACGCGGAUGCCUCCAUCGGAAACGUCACCGGAAGCAAUGCCGUGAACGUUUUCCUGGGCAUCGGGGUGGCCUGGUCCAUCGCGGCCAUCUACCACGCGGCGCAUGGACAAGCCUUCCAAGUCUCGCCCGGCACCCUGGCCUUCUCCGUCACCCUCUUCACCAUUUUUGCUUUUAUCAGUGUGGGUGUGCUGCUCUACCGGCGGAGACCCGAGAUUGGAGGUGAGCUAGGCGGGCCGCGGACUUCCAAGCUGCUCACAUCUUCACUCUUUAUCCUCCUCUGGCUCUUGUACAUAUUCUUCUCAUCUCUGGAAGCCUACUGCCACAUAAAGGGCUUCUAAAGGAACAAUCAGAGAUAGUAAAUAUAUAUAUAUAUCUAUAUGUAUCUAUAUAGAGUGAUAUAUAGGUAUAGAUAUAGAUAUAACGCUGUGUAUAAUGAACAGAGAAAGAAUAAAAGAGAUUUGCCAUGUUCACACA